UUUAUAAUUGAUAUAAUUGAUAUUGAUAAUUAUUUUAUAAUUAAUUUUUGGUAAAACGAAAUCUAUUUUUAUUGAUAUUAUGCAAGUUUGGAAAAUUUUUAAUCGUUGAAUUUUCACUGCUUUUCCUUUUAAAUUAAAUUAAAUAUGGGAGAAUUAAAUUAAAGAUUUAUAAUUAAUGAAUAUAACGGUAAUAUUUCUUUUAAUUAUAGUUUUUUUUAAUAGCAUAGAAAUUUUUAGCAGUAUUCUUUGAUCUUUUUGAGUUUGAUUAUAAUUGUUGAAAUGAAAAUUUUUAAGAAAAAAUAUUUUAAUGCUACACUAUAACUUAUUAUUUAUUUAAGAACAAAAGAUACAGAAAUUAAAUAUGAAGAUAUUUAUAAUCUUAAAAUAUAUUUUAAGCGAUAAAAAUUUGUUAUUAUUGAUAUAAAUGAUAUAUCAAAAAUAUUAAAUAUUUUUACACGUGUAUUCAAAGAAUUUUCAAAAUUUAUUUUCUUGAAAACGAAGCCUUAAAUGAAAAAUCGUUUCGGUAUUUUUAAUUUAUUUUUUGAUGAAGAUUUUUGAGAAUUAUUUAAAAAUAUAUAUUUUUUACAAAAAUACGAUAAAACAUUGCCCAGAAAAGAUAUUUUAUUUCAAAGAUUAUUUCAUAGAUAUUUUUGAUCAAAGUUCAAUCGGCUGCAUCCUAUUAAUUUUUGUAUAAACUUUGACAAAAACAGGCAGUUUUCAUAAAAAUCAAGAUUUAUUAUUCGAUGUUACGAAAUUGAGACUCUACGGAACUGAUACGAUUUUUAUCGAUAACUUUGAUAACUGACAAGUUUGAUCGUUAUAUUUUGCAAGCUUUUCCAUAGGGAGUAAUGAUUGAUGCGAGUCGAGAACCAGGGACAAAAAGAGAAAAGCGACAACGAUAAAAAAAUGUCGACGAAAACUCAAAGUUCAAAUCGAACUCAAAGAGAUUAAGAAACCUUUUAUUAUAUCGAACAACUGACAAACGGUGUGAAAGAACGUCGAUUCAUUGACCGAUAUGUAUAUAUUAGAAAGAUACCUUGAACUAUAGAAAUGGAGAUUGAACAAUGGUAGAUACGUGACACGUGCAUGUGUGUUACAUGCAUGUGUGAAAGAUUGAGCCCUGCAGACAAGAGAGUACGAAUUCGUCUCUCACGAAUUUUUUAAGCUUAAAGUAUAUAUAGGCUCGACAUCAAGGAAUAUUUUACUUCGAAAGAUCAAAAAGAUCAAUUUUUUUCAAUCUUUGUAUUAUUCAACCGUAUUUUCUUUGAAAAUUUGAAUACGAUAAAAGUAAUUCAUAUGAUAAAAAAAAAUCUGUAAUUUUUCGCAUUCUGCAUAAUUUCUAAUAAACUCUUUCAAAACAGAAAAUUUCAAUUUUAAGAAUAAAGUAUCACACUACUGUUAAAAACACGAAAGAAUAAAAUAUUAUAUCAAAUGUAAAGAUAAAAAUAAGAUAUAUUUACAUUUGUAUAAAAUUUCCAUUAGAAUUAGAUUUUUGUUUUAUACGAUUCGAAAAGUUCUUUUUAAACUUAACCGAUGUACAAAAUAUAUUUCUAUGAUAUUAUAAUAUCUAUAAUUAUCAUAUGUGUAAUUUAGUUUAAUUUAAAAAGAAUUUGUUUAAUAUCUCACUUUUUAAAAAAGUCGACAAUGAAUGAUUUCAUUUUUCUUUCGAUGUAACAUAAUCUGAUCUGUAUAAGAAAAAAUAGAAAAAAAAAGAAAAGAAUUUUGUAUUGUUCUAUCGUCAUAUAACGCAAUCCAUAUUUAUAGUCAGGUCCGCGUAUCUCGGCUUGCCGGUAAUCCAUGACGGCGUCUCGGAUAGGUUAGGUUUUCGGCACGUUUUCAACACAGCGUGUACGACAUAACCUCAGCGCCUCGACGUCUCUGGUCGAAGAAUCGUGCAUAUUUACGUUGCGGUGCACGAAAGGAACACACAUCGACGUACGUUUUACUGGUUGUUUCACGAGGAAUGACUCAGGGGCUCUGCGCCCCUGCGACGAUUGCGGAUCAGGGGUACGAGGGGUGCGAAAAGCGUGCUGGUUCUCGCGUACAUUGCGCAGGACGUCGGCGCCCUAGCGUUACGACCACCCCUGACCGAUUCGCUCGUUGUUUGCCAGCUCCAUAUCGCGAAAGUCCGCGUGGAGAGAAGACGGGCGAAGCACUCGCGCGGUUGUUUCGUUCGAUCGGAACCACCGUUUCUCUUAUUCCAAACCUUAAAGAAAGUUUUUCUUCGACCGUCGUAUCUCGUACAGCAAGGAAACGAGAAGGAAGAAGUCGAAGGGAGUAGAAUUAAGAAUCGGUGUGCCUCUGUUCCCAUGAACCCGUAACGUUCAAACGACGAGGAGGAGUGGUGGUGGUGGUGACAGUGGUGGUGGUUGCGGUAAAACGUGUCCACGAACUCUUCCCCUCCUCCUCCCCUCGAGUCCUCCCCCUAGGAGCCGGUACAACAGGACGUAAACGGUGAAUAUAAGGAAUAUCGUCGAUACUCGAACGAGAUUUCUCACAUUCUCCCGGCUAUUUUUUCAUAUUUCUUUGCCAGUGGAAUUGUGCCCGCAGUGAAACGUGUGGAGAUAUGCGCGUGCUAUCGAUCACGCGACCUGAUUGCGCGGAUAUGUGAUACCGGAAGUAGGUACGGCAGGCUUGACCUGCGUGCAGGUGCUCCACAGUGCGUACCACGUAUGCGUACAUACAUAGGGGCGAGCAGCGACAGAGUAGAGAAGGGUGCGCGAGAAGAGGCCGCGUGUCAGGGCCAGUCGUGAAGAUGCACGCCACCGACGCCGUCGACGCGACGGCGUCCCUGCCGUCAUCCACGGCCGCUUCGAGGAGCUUCGGACACGAACUCAGCCUCGUCCUCGUCCUGCUCGUAUCCUGCUGGAUCGUGCAGGAUCGGUUGGUGCUUGGGAUGUCCGAGCCACCGCCGGAGCUGACCACCGCCGAAGACUUGAUCGACAGGGGAACGAAGAAGUUUGGCGAUGAUUGCAUGGAAGAUCGCGAAUGCAGUUUCUCCGGCUCUUAUUGCGAGCCAAAGAAGAACAAAUGUUCGUGCAGGGAGGAAUUCGAGGCGACGAAUCAUAUCGACAAAUGUGGACACCCGGUGAACGUGAACGAGUCGUGCUUUUUCCACGAGCAAUGCGAGGCGAGAGUGAGCCAAACCGAAUGCAGGGACAAUCGUUGCAUCUGCAUCUUCGAGAAGAUCCCGGUUACCCAGCCUGACGGCAUGAUUGUGUGUGUCGCUGAGCAAAAAGAGGAACCCAAUCUUCAAUAUAUCGAUCCGACGAUGAUUGGUGUUCUCGUUGGUAUGGCUCUCAUGUUCAUCAUCAUCUGCGUCGUCCUUAGGCUUUUCAGCAAAGCUCGUUGGCGCGAAAAUCGUACAAUUUUUAACACCCCGAACGCCCGUCUGAUGAACGUAUCGUUACUAAGAGAGAACAAGCUCCUGCAUCCGCAGGAAAGACGCGGUUCAAGAGCAAGCGUACGAGUUCCCUCGAGGCAGCCCUCGAUGGCCUCCUUACGUGCCCAUUCGCCGAAUGCCUCGCAAGGUGCGAAACACUCUCAGCACUCACAGCACAGAGUGAGCCGGUCACGAACAGGAUCACGACGGGGAAGUCGGGGUAGCAGUGGGAAUGCGUCAGCCGUCUCAACGAAAUCGAACAAAUCGCCACCUAAUCAACCAAAUACCAUGUCUGAAACUGUUCAUUCGGAAAAUGUCACCGUUGAAAUUCUCGAGGCUAAGGCGUAGAUCCACUGGAAAUCCACGACCAUCGUUGCUACGCCUUUCUCUUUCCAAUGACGGUUGUGAAGUCGCCCUAAAGAAAGAAUCGUCUUCUAAAAGCAAUUUUACGCAAUCUCUUUUUCAGAAUGUACAAAUUCCUAUUCACGAAAAUCCCUUUUCUCUUUUUUAUUCGAAAAGAUUCGCUCCUUUACGUCUUACGUCUACUGCUUUGGUACAAAGAAUUUUUCUGAUUCACAUAUAACUUAUCCGGCCAUUUGUUAUCAUUAUCGAUUAUAAAUCAAAGUUUAAUGCGAGGAAGAUAGAUUAUGCCAGGAAUACUUAGUUUGAGAAUUUUAGGAAAUAAGAGAAAUUAUAUUAUAAUUCGUACUGAUUGUAAGAUAAUCACUGUUCAAUUUUUACGUUUGAUGGAUGUUAAAUUCGAUAAAGAAUUAACGGAUAUAUAUAUAUAUAUUUGCGAUAUUGAUAAAGUUAAACAAACAUAUUUUAUGUCACGAAAAAAAUCUAAUAUUCGAAAUAUUUUGCACAAGAAAAUAGAUAAUCACUCUAAUAUCGAAAAAUCUAUGAUGUAUUUUAAAAAGUAUUGUGAAAGAAAUCUCGAAAUUAAAUUUACCAUAAGUUGUUUAAAUUUGGUUGUAUUAAAAAAAAAAAAAAAAAAAAAGACAGAAAAUUGAAGGAGAAGUAUAAACUCUUUUAAAAAAAAGUAAAAGAAAAGAAA